AUGCCAAGACCUUCCUGUUUUGAGUGCUUCCUUCACUGGAGCUGCGACCAAUCAACCAACAAAGUUGACAUUGCUUUCAGGCUCACAGGAACCUCAAAUUCGAGAUGGAUUGCUUGGGGCAUCAACCCUACAGGACAAGGAAUGGUCGGAGCACAAGCCCUUGUGGCCUAUCAAACCUCCAGCUCAGCCAUGCAUGCAUACACGUCACCAGUGCCUGCAUAUCACACAUGGUUGCCAGAGGGUAGUUUGAGCUUUGGGGUUUCAAAUCUCUCUGCAACAUUUGAGAAUGGCAAUGAGAUGAUGAUAUUUGCUACACUGGCCCUUGAUGGUGCCAUGAAAACAGUGAACCAUGUCUGGCAAGAAGGUCCUCUCAUUGAAGGGAACCCUAGGAAACAUGAUAUCUCUCCAGGUUCACCUAAUUUGAGAUCAUUAGGCACCUUGAAUCUUCUGGAUAACCACCAUGUGUAG